AUGCUGCUCCGAGGGCGCCCCCGCGCACUGGGGGCCGGCGCGCUGCUGCUGCUGCUCAUCGGGUUCUUCCUGUUCGGCGGGUACCCCGAGUACGGGCUGCGGAGAGCUACUGUCCUUGAUGGAGGCCCGCCAGCCGGCCUCAACCACUCCGCCUGCGCCCCGCAGCCGCCGCUGCCACCCAAGUGCGAGCUCUUGCAUGUGGCCAUCGUGUGCGCAGGACACAACUCCAGCAGAGAGGCCGUCACCCUGGUGAAGUCGCUGCUCUUCUACAGGAAAAACCCGCUGCAUCUCCACCUGGUGACUGAUGCUGUGGCCAGAAACAUCCUGGAGACUCUUUUCCGCACCUGGAUGGUGCCAGCUGUGGUGGUCAGCUUCUAUGAUGCCGAGAAGCUCAAGCCCCUGAUCUCCUGGAUCCCCAACAAGCACUACUCUGGCCUUUAUGGGCUAAUGAAGUUAGUCCUGCCUGGUGUCCUGCCUCCCAGCUUGGCCCAAGCCAUUAUCCUGGACACGGAUGUCACCUUCGCCUCUGACAUCGCGGAGCUCUGGGCAUUCUUUGCUCACUUUUCUGAUAAGCAGGUGAUCGGUCUUGUGGAGAACCAAAGCAACUGGUACCUGGGCAACAUCUGGAAGAACCACAGACCCUGGCCUGCCUUGGGCAGGGGAUUUAACACAGGUGUGAUCCUGCUGCGGCUGGACCGACUUAGGCAAGCUGGCUGGGAGCAGAUGUGGAAGCGGACAGCCAAGCGGGAGCUCCUUGCCCUGCCUGCCACCUCCCUAGCUGACCAGGACAUCUUCAAUGCUGUCAUCAAGGAGCACCCGGACCUGGUGCAGCCCCUGCCCUGCGUCUGGAACGUGCAGCUGUCAGAGCACACGCUGGCUGAGCGCUGCUACUUGGAGGCGGCUGACCUCAAGGUGAUCCACUGGAAUUCACCCAAGAAACUUCGGGUGAAGAAUAAACAUGCAGCGUUCUUCCGCAACUUGUACCUGACUUUCCUGGGGUACGACGGGAAGCUGCUGAGGAGAGACCUCAUUGGAUGUCCCAGCCAGCUCCCACCUGGGGCUGAGCAGUUGCAACAGGCCCUGGCGCAGCUGGACGAGGAAGACCCCUGCUUUGAGUUCCGGCGACAGCAGCUCACUGUGCACCGGGUGCACAUCACCUUCCUGCCCCACCAGCCUCUGCCUCCCCAUCCUCACGAUGUCACUUUGGUGGCCCAGCUCUCCAUGGAUCGGCUGCAGAUGCUGGAAGCCCUGUGCAGGCACUGGCCAGGUCCUAUGAGCCUGGCCUUGUAUCUGACAGACGCAGAGGCCCAGCAGUUCCUGCGCUUCGUUGAGGCCUCUCCAGUGCUCUCUGCCCGGCAGAAUGUGGCCUACCAUGUGGUAUACCGGGAGGGUGCCUUCUACCCUGUCAACCAGCUCCGCAAUGUGGCCUUGGCCCAGGCCCUCACGCCUUAUGUCUUCCUCAGUGACAUUGACUUCUUGCCUGCCUACUCCCUCUACGACUACCUCAGGGUCUCCAUCGAGCAGCUGGGGCUGGGCGGAGGGCGGAAGACCGCUCUGGUGGUGCCGGCAUUUGAGACCCUGCACUACCGCUUCAGCUUCCCCAGCUCCAAGGCGGAGCUGUUGGCCUUGCUGGAUGCGGGAUCCCUCUACACCUUCCGGUACCACGAGUGGCCCCGGGGUCACGCACCCACUGACUAUGCCCGCUGGCGGGAGGCCCAGAAGCCAUACCAGGUGCAGUGGGCAGCUGACUACGAACCCUAUGUGGUGGUGGCCCGUGACUGUCCCCGCUAUGACUCUCGCUUUGUGGGCUUUGGCUGGAACAAGGUGGCCCACAUCGUGGAGUUGGAUGCGCAGGGAUACGAGUUUCUGGUGUUGCCGGAGGCCUUCGCCAUCCACUUGCCCCACGCUCCAAGCCUGGACAUCUCCCGCUUCCGCUCCAGCUUCACCUACAGAGACUGUCUGCAGACCCUCAAGGAGGAGUUCCACCAGGACUUGUCUCGCCGCUACGGGGCCGCUGCCCUCAAAUACCUCACUGCCCUGCGGCAGCCCCAAGGCCCGGCCUGAGCUCAGCAAGCGGGGCCCCUGGCUCGCUCCCUCAGACACCUUGCACCCUGGCGGGCCCCUCCCACCGUCCAUAGAACUGCUAUUUAAAUUAUUUAAGGUGGGUUUGGGAAGAGCUGGGUGGAGCACCUGAGGGGGUCCUGGGUCCUCUCCUUGCUGCUGUUCAGCCUCCCUGUGCUCCAGCUGGAUUGGGGCUGGUUCCCUCCUCCUUUUUCAUAAUAAAGUUUUGUAAGGACUA